AUGGCAAUGGGCAACGCCUUUGCCUACGGGGAGGUGCUGGGGCUGUCCUAUCUAUUCUACGAGGCCCAGCGCUCCGGCAAGCUGCCGGCUGACCAGCGCGUCAAGUGGCGGGGGGACUCUGCCCUGCAGGACCGCGGCCCCGAGGGCCAGGACCUGACCGGGGGUUACUACGAUGCGGCGGACUACGUGAAGUUCCACAUGCCCCUGGCCUUCACAGUCUCGUUGCUGGCGGUGGCAGUUAUAGAGUUCCCAAAGGGCGUGGCUGAUUCGGGCCAGUCGCGGCAGGCGUACCAGGCGUUGCGGUGGGGCAGCGACUACCUGCUGAAGACUGUGCUGGGGGAGGACCGCAUAGUGGGGCAGGUGGGGGAGGGCAAAGUGGACCACAACCUCUGGCGCCGCGCUGAGGACGUCACCGAGAAGCGCCGCGUGUUUGUCUGCACACCAGACAAGCCCGGGUCGGACGUGGCCGCCGCCAUGGCUGGCGCGCUGGCGGCGGCCGCGGUCGCGUUUCAGGGGCGGGACCCCGGCUACUCGAAGCAGUGCAUAGCCAAAGCGCGGACGCUGUACGACUUUGCCAACAAGUUUCGCGGCUACUACCACGUCAAGUGCGUCCCGGACGCCGCCGACUUCUACAAGAGCAAGUCGUUCCACGACGACCUGGCCUGGGGGGCGCUGUGGCUCAAGAGGGCCACGGGGGAGGGGCGAUACCUGGAAGACGCAAAGAGGUGA